UGAGCGCCAGGGCGGCGCGCCCACAGGAAAGGGGCGUGUCCGACCACCCCGGCGGGGACACCUCUAGUACGUCAUCGAUCCGGCUCCGCCCCCAACGCGCGCUUUGCUUUGACAGGACAAUUUACGUUACAUUCAUGAAUUCUGGAAACGGUGACUCGGACGUCCACCUCUUCCAGACAAUGAAAUUACCUGAGAAUUUGGGGAGUCCAACUCCAGACCCCGGAGAUCUUCGAGAGAUGGCGGUAUAUGAGGAACUUCCGGCCUCCGAACGCUGGGAGGCGCUGUGACCUCUCGGUGACCUCUUGGACACCGGAAUACAAGGCGCAAGCGCAGUCUCAGCUUUAAGCCGGCUUCCCACGUGUAAACCUUGUGGGCAAGUUUUUCGAGAAAAAUGCCCAAAUUCAAGGUGGCCCGUGGGGCCGGGAAUCAGGAGAAGCAUGCACCUCUGGCCGAGCAGAUUCUGGCUGGGAACGCAGUGCGCGCGGGGACCCGAGACAAACGGCGGGGACGCGGGGUCGAAGAGGAGGAAGAGUAUGUGGGACCCCGGUUGAGCAGACGGAUUUUGCAGCAAGCCCGGCAGCAGCAAGAGGAGCUCGAGACUGAACACGGGACUGGACACCAGCCUGCAAAACCGCGAGAGCGCGCCACGCGGCUGGGGCCCGGAGUGCCACAGGAUGGAUCCGAUGAUGAGGAUGAGGAGUGGCCCACCCUGGAGAAGGCAGUCAAAAUGACCGGAGUGGACUACCAAGCAGAGGUGGUUGUAGACCCUGAAGAUGAACGUGCCAUUGAAAUGUUCAUGAACAAGAACCCUCCCAUCAGACGCACUCUGGCUGACAUCAUCAUGGAGAAGCUGACUGAGAAGCAGACAGAGGUGGAGACGGUCAUGUCAGAGGUGUCGGGCUUCCCUAUGCCUCAGCUGGAUCCCCGAGUCCUGGAGGUCUACAGAGGAGUCCGGGAGGUGUUAUCCAAGUACCGAAGUGGGAAACUACCCAAAGCUUUUAAGAUCAUCCCUGCACUGUCCAACUGGGAGCAAAUCCUCUAUGUCACUGAGCCCGAGGCCUGGACAGCAGCUGCCAUGUAUCAAGCCACCAGGAUUUUUGCCUCUAACCUGAAGGAACGAAUGGCCCAGCGCUUCUACAACCUUGUCCUGCUCCCCCGAGUACGCGAUGACAUCGCUGAGUACAAACGGCUCAACUUUCACCUCUACAUGGCCCUCAAGAAGGCCCUGUUCAAGCCUGGAGCCUGGUUCAAAGGAAUCCUGAUCCCACUGUGCGAGUCUGGCACUUGUACCCUCCGAGAAGCCAUCAUCGUGGGCAGCAUCAUCACCAAGUGCUCCAUCCCGGUGUUGCACUCCAGUGCGGCCAUGCUGAAGAUUGCCGAGAUGGAGUAUAGCGGUGCCAACAGCAUUUUCCUGCGCCUGCUGCUAGAUAAGAAGUACGCGUUGCCCUACCGGGUGCUAGACGCCCUGGUCUUCCACUUUCUGAGCUUCCGAACAGAGAAGCGCCAGCUGCCGGUGCUCUGGCACCAGUGCCUUCUGACGUUGGCACAGCGCUACAAGGCCGACUUGGCCACGGACCAGAAGGAGGCCCUCCUGGAACUGCUUCGACUGCAGCCCCACCCCCAGUUGUCUCCUGAAAUCAGGCGUGAGCUUCAGAGUGCAGUCCCCAGAGAUGUGGAGGAUGUUCCCGUCACCAUGGAAUGAGAACAGUCACCUGCCGUGGUCCAGGGGCCAUGGGAGGACCCCAGGACCCCAGCUGGUCACCCAGGAUGUAAAGACCUGGUCAAGGCACUGAGGUCGGGUGGCACCUGUGGUGUCGGUCCUGGGCAGGCUGAUCUGGUUGGUUCUCUGCCGUUCUAGGCUUUGGUUCCUGCUCACUUCAGCUCACUGGAGUUACCCGAGUUCAGCAUCCCCACCACCCAGCUGGCACUUGGUCUAAGGCUGCUCUGCUGUCCCUGUCAGCUCACCAGGUUGCAGAUAAAGCAGGGCAGUUAUUUAUUGGA